AGCUACAAUAGAGUUCAGUAAUGAGAAAAAUGCUGUUGUUAGAGUACGCGAGUUUUACCAAAAGUGUAAGAAGAGUCAAAAAGAAGGAACAAGUCUUCAUAAUCGUCGUUGGCUAUAUUUUAUUGACUCUGGGGGCCAGAUUCAAUUUCAAAAGUUACUCCCAGCAUUUAUGCCUUAUGCUUCAGUUCUACUUCUAGUAGUUAAUUUAUCUAAAGAUCUUAAUGAUCCAUCUUCUACAGCUAUGCAGCUUUCUGAGGGAGAAAUUAAUGUUGGCCAGUAUUCACUCUCAGUUAUUGAAGUUUUAAAGCAGCUCCUUUCUGCAAUAACCUCUAGUGCACAACAGUAUCGUUCACUGAUUGCUGAUGAUAGCACUCUCUCUAAAUGCAUCAAGCCUCCUUCAGAUAAAUUGAAAGUCCUACCUGUUGCCACUCAUCGUGAUGAGUAUGAUGAAACAAGGACAGAAUCAGUUGAGGAAAAAAAGAAGCAGUUGAAGCAAGUUUUUAAGCUUCAUGAUUCUUGCAAGAUAAUUGGCCAUGAAGGAAGGAUCUUUCUGCAUGAAAUUGAUGGCCGUGAUGCUCUAACUGUUGACCAUAAUAGGCAUAAUCCUAAUUUGGAUAAAAUUGUUAAAAUAUUGGAUGAGAGUGCAUAUGAAAUCAAAGUCCCUUUGAAGUGGUAUUGCUUUGGUGUUCUUCUACAUGAUGUUGCUAAGGAAAGUUGCGGGAUACUCUCUUUGUCUUAUUGUCAGGAGCUUGGCCAGCAAUUAAAGGUUGGUUUGUCAUCAGAAGAAUCAUUAAGUGCUAUUAAAUUUCUCAGCUUUCUCAAUAAAUUGCUUUUUUAUCCAGAUUCACCUGCCAGUGAUUUAGUUUUUGUAAAUUUAGAAAGUCUUAUCAACAUUAUUAGAGACCUUGUGGUUUCUAUUUGUAAAGAUCACUCUGCAGUGAAUAAUGAUUUGCUACCUAAUCGUGAGCCAUUAGUAUCUCGUGGAGAACUUUCCACUGAGAUUUUAAUGGAAGCUUCAGAACAGUGUAGAAACAUUUCUCAGUCCAUCCCAAAGUUUGAGAGCAAAAUUCUUGGUCUUUUUGAGUAUCUUUUGAUUGCGGCACCAAUGCCAAAUGAAGGUUGUUUUCUCAUGCCAGCACUUCUUCCGAUCAAGAAUGUCUCUGACAUCAAUCCUUUCCCUGAUACAACCCCAUUAUUGCUGUAUUUCAAGGCUGCUGUUCCAAUGGGCCUCUUUUGUGCCAUUAUUGUUCAUCUUCUCUCUCACAAAGACUCUUCCUGGAAUGUUGCUGAAGAAGAGUCAAACUUUUCAAACUAUUUCACUUUACGAUGUCCAGACCUUCUUCGAAGUGACAUAGUUCUUGUAGAACAACUUGACUGUAUUACUGUGUAUUGUGAAGCAGCUGAUGAUUAUAUUCCAGCAAGAGAUGCUGUAGAAGAAGCAGUUGAUGUAGCAAUGUCUAAGCACAAACUUAGUACAUGUGAAAAGCCAAAAAGAGCAUUUUACUGUCCUUGUGGUAAAGGAAGGCAUGCAGCUGUAGCAUCAUGGCUUAAAACACAAAAUUGUUAUGUUUUCCGUUGCACUAGUAAUAAUAAGCCCCAAAGUCUGGCUGUGGAGUGCUUGAGUUGGCUAUAUCAGACAAGAAAACGGCAGCAUGAUGAUGAGUUACAAAAUUUACCUGAUAUUUUAGAGACAAAUAUUGCAUAUCAAGUCCUUGUAGAUAGUACAACAGAAAUCAAGGAGCAUUUUUCUGGUGAUCAUGCUGAUUUUGCAGACAAGCUGCUUGAGAUGAAUGUGAUCACAGAAAGGGAAAGAAAUACUAUAACUGAUACAUGUACUGGACAAAAUAAGUACCAGCGAAUGGGAGAAGUAAUUGAGCAUGUAAAAAAAGCAGUUCAAAUUAAAGAGUCUGUUUUUUUCCUGUUUUUGAGUAUUUUUAAUGAAAAAGGUACUCAACCUGCUACAGAGUUUGCUCAGAAACUCAUGCAAAAAUAUAAAGAUAAACUCUCUGAUGCUAAUCUGGAGUCAUUGUCAAAAAGAUCCAAACAGUAUGAACAUGAUUUGUAACCUUGAUUGAUUUUGUAAAAAUAAUUUUUUUCUAAUCUUUUUGAUAAAAAUUUGAA